UUUGUUGUUGUUGUUGUUGUUGUUUUAUUUUGAUUUUUUUUCUCUGCUCUCGGUGCUUCCGAAGCGCAUGUAAGAUUUGCAGAGAGGGAGAGAGAGAGAGACUGGGGGAGGAGGAAUUAAGGAAAGGGAAAAGAUGGCGAGUUGCUGGAGCAGUGUGGAGAAAGCGGCAUUUUUGUGCUGCCUUUUGCUGGCAAUGGGGAGUCUCAUCUGCUGCGCCCGGCCGGCAGAGGAGGAAGAGCAAGAAGAGCAGCGCUCCUGUCACGGUGCCUUUGAUCUCUACUUCGUCCUGGAUAAAUCUGGAAGUGUCAAAAAUCAUUGGACUGAGAUUUACUCCUUUGUGGAAAGCCUAGCUGAGAAAUUCAUAAGCCCAAUGCUGCGGAUGUCCUUCAUUGUGUUCUCUUCACGGGGCACUACGAUCAUGAAACUGACAGAGAACAGGGAAGCCAUAAGACGAGGACUCGACAUUCUUAAGGAAGAAUUGCCUGGAGGAGACACGUUCAUGCAUGAAGGAUUUAAAAGGGCAAAUGAGCAGAUUUACCAUGAGACCUAUGGAGGAGUUCGGACCGCCAGUGUGAUCAUUGCCCUGACGGACGGCGAGCUGCAAGAUGCUCAGUUCUAUUAUGCAGAGCAAGAAGCAAACAGAGCCAGAAGUUUUGGAGCUACUGUUUAUUGUGUUGGAGUGAAAGAUUUCAAUGAAACUCAGCUGUCAACAAUUGCUGACAGCAUCGAUCAUGUUUUUCCAGUUAAAGGAGGCUUUUAUGCCCUAAGAGGAACCAUUGAUUCAAUUCUGAAGAAGUCUUGCAUUGAGAUCCUGGCAGCUGAGCCAUCCAGUGUUUGUGCAGGAGAAUCCUUUCAAGUUGUGGUGAGAGGCAACGGCUUUUAUCAUGCGAGAAACAUCGACCAGGUGCUCUGCAGCUUCAAGCUCAAUGACAGCCUUACUAUCAAUGAAAAGCCAACUUAUGUUCAUGAUACAUACUUGCUUUGCCCUGCCCCCGUGAUAGAAGAUGCUGGACAGGUGGUUUUCCUACAAGUCAGCAUGAACAAUGGGCUAACAUUCAUCUCCAGCUCUGUCAGCAUCACCAGCACACAUUGUCUGACUGGGACCAUCCUUUUCAUUGCUCUUCUGAUUCUCUUUCUGCUGCUGGCUCUGGCUCUUCUGUGGUGGUUUUGGCCCCUUUGCUGCACAGUGGUGAUCAAGGAGCCACCUCCACCACCACCUCCAGAGCCUGACUCAGAUGAUGAAGAUGGAUUGCCAAAGAAGAAGUGGCCAACCGUGGAUGCAUCUUAUUAUGGAGGCCGAGGUGUUGGUGGGAUUAAGAGGAUGGAGGUGCGAUGGGGAGACAAGGGGUCGACAGAGGAAGGAGCAAAAUUGGAGAAACCCAAAAAUGCUAUUAUUAAGUUGCCAGAACAGGAGUAUGAACCGUGGGAACCCAAGCCAAAGAAGCCCCAUGUGAGAAAACCACCUUCCCAGCGAAAAUGGUACACUCCAAUCAAGGGUAAACUUGAUGCACUGUGGGCUUUGGUUCGACGAGGCUAUGACCAAGUCUCUCUUAUGAGACCACAGCCAGGGGAUAAGGGAAGAUGCAUAAACUUCACCCGUGUGAAGUCGGAUGGCACCUCUGCCCCUUACAGCCCACCACCGAAGCUGCCCUUGCGUGACAACGCUCCCCUCAACAACGUUCCAAGGAGCCCUUCCUCUCCUGUGUCUCUGCAGCCUCCUUCCAGGCAGCCACCUCCUGGGCCACCUCCAUCCCGAGCCCCUCCUGGACCUCCUCCUUCACGUCCACCCCCGCAGCCCAUGGCUUAGGGUGCAGCAAAACCUGAUCAACACGACAUGUCUCUUUGCUGAACACAGCAUAUUUAUUGAGUAUUGGUUUACAGUUAAAGAUAUCAGAAUUUGUUGCUGGUCAGCAAAAAGAAAAAAAAAAAGAAAAAGGGAAAAAAAUAUUG